AUGCUUAGAGUUCACGAUUUAAAUUUUUCAAGAUCUAUUAGAAUCACAUGGCUGCUAGAGGAGCUGGGAGUUCCUUAUGAAGUCGUUGAAUACAAAAGGGAUCCUAUAACUUUCAGGGCCCCGUCAGAUUUAAAAAAGAUCCACCCUUUAGGUAAGGCUCCUGUCAUUGAGGAUGAAGGCCUAAUUAUUGCAGAAUCUGGGGCUAUCAUUGAGUACCUACUAAAUAAAUAUGAUAAAGAUGGAAAACUUGCCCCAUUGGCCGACGACUCUGAGUAUGCCAAAUACUUGGAGUUCUUACAUUUUUCAGAAGGAACAGCAUUUCCUGCAUUGUUACCUCUUGUUUAUGAAAAGAAUGUAGGAGAAGACCUACCCCCAGGCAUCAAGAAAGUAUUCCAAACAGAGCUUGAUGCUAUUCUAGGCUACAUUUCCGAAAGAAUCCAAAAUCACAGAGGCUUCUUAUUAGAUCGUGGAUUCAGUGCUGUAGAUAUCAAUUUUGCAUUCGUUUUGCAGGCUGUAGGGAUGGCACAAAGCCUAGAAUCAUAUCCUAUAUUAUCUGAUUAUUUGAAAAGGGUCACGGACCGUCCAUGUUAUACGACUGCCCUCUCAAAACAACAAUGA